AUGGUGCUUCAUGUGGCGUUUUUCGUCUUGAUUAUCCAUUCAAUUUUUGGUGUUCGUGGUGGAGUGACUAAUCGGGGAAGAAAGUUUUUCCUGGCUUACUCGGAUAACUACUACACAGGAAAAUAUAAUCAGGAACUAGAACUUUUUAUAAUGAACGCUGUCGGAGAUCCUGUCACUGUUAACGUCAACGCCCCCCUCUUUCGUGGUUACGACCUUUCCGAAACACGCACAAUAGCAAAGGAAGAUUAUGUGAAACUGACAUUUAACAUUUCCAUUCGACUUGAAAAUUCAGAGGUAGCACCAAAGGGCAUUCUUGUAGAAUCAACUGACGAAAUAGUGGUUAUUGCUGUGAACCGCGAGCCGUACACAAAUGACGCGUUUCUUGCCCUUCCCGAACCAGCACUAGGAACAAGGUACUAUGCUGUAAGCUAUUUCCCGACAAAUCAACCAUCACAAUUUGUAGUAAUUGGCACAAAAGAUAACACAGAGGUAAAAAUAACCCUCUCAACUAAUCCAGAUGCGGACGUGGUUCAAUUUGAUAACAACACGUAUGGACCCGGUGAUACGAUUCGGAUCUUGAUUGAUCAAUUUGAUUCAGUACAGAUACAGAGUCAUGGCGAUCUCACCGGUUCCCUCGUCCGCACUGACAAGCCAGUUGGCUUCUUAAGUGGUAAUAAGAGAACUGAAAUUGGGAACAACACCAGAUCUAGUGACCACUUGGUAGAAUACUUAUCGUCGGUAGACAAAUGGGGUACAAAAUUUGCUGCAGUUCCAAUCCCUGGUAGAAAAGUAGGAGACUUCUUCAAAGUCGUUAGCAGUUCUGCAAACACUGUCCUCAAGGUAGAAUGUUCUGACGUCUUCGGUAAUAGAACCAAUUUUGAAAAAACGUUUCAGAAACCUGGGGACUUUGUAUUAUUGCAUUUUUCUUCUGAAAAGUACUGUUCUUUUGUGUCUAAUAAUGCCAUUAUGGUAGUUCAAUUUGUACAUAGCCAGUCCGUCGAUGAUGGAAACGAUAUUCAUGAUCCUGCCAUGAUUCUGAUUACGCCCGUUGCGCAGUACGAGUCGGAGUAUCGUUUUAAUACUCCACGUUUCACUUGGGGGACGUACGAAAACUUCUUCAUGUUUGUCAUUAAGUCUGACCAGCGGUCAGGUAUCAGAGUGGACAACAACGCCCUGCCAGACAGCACGGUGUUCGUCGACAUUCCCGGCACGGAUCUUGUGGGAGGAUACGUCAUAGUUUCUGACGGAUAUCACGCUAUUUACCACAUCUCUCCUAUUGUGGUGUUCGGAGGAUACCUGUACGGGACGGCGAAUUGGGAGACCUACGGCAUUCCGGCCGGGACACGCAUGGCAACAGUUAAUGGGCCCUGUAGCCGCAGUACAAGUGUCCUCGGUGACGUAGUUGACAACGAUUGUGAUGGACUGAUUGACGAGGAGCUGGAGAAUUCUCUUGACGAUGAUGGAGACGGAGAGAUAGACGAGGAUUGCGCUGUACCGACUUACCCCAUCGAUGGUAAUUGGUCACCGUGGUCAGAUUGGGGAGGCUGUAGCGUUACCUGCACAUCUGACAUCAAUCCAUCCGGGCAACAACAACGCCAUAGAAGAUGCUCUGCAAAGUAUGACGGUAAAAAUUGUCUAGAAAGCGACGUGGAUGUAGAGAAAAAGACGUGUACCCCGGACCGUUGUCCACCUGUGAAUGGAAGCUGGACUGACUGGGGUGCCUGGAGUUACUGCGUGGGAUGUGUGCCCUCCACAUCACCAACGUCUGGUAAACAAACCAGACAUCGUACCUGCACAAAUCCGAGACCUACUUUUGGCGGACUUGAUUGUCCAUCAGAUGACCUUCCUGUGGAAUCUACGUCGUGCCCCUGCCCAAUUAAUGGAAAUUGGUCCAAAUGGGAACCUUGGGGUCGGUGCUCUAUGACAUGUAAUCCGUAUACCGGAAGUGACCUGAUAAUUACUGGAACGCACACUCGGUCAAGGUCAUGCUCUAACCCCACCCCACAGCAUGGUGGCAGUCAAUGCGAUGGCAAUGGAACUGACAUCGGUAGCUGUCUUGAAGAUACGUCUUGUCCCGAAAUAUCCUCUACAGCGCCCUCAAGUCAGUGUGCGUGCUCUGCGACCACACAAUCACAAGUAACAUCUUCCCCAUCACCUCCUACUCCGGAUGAGUUGGCAAGGAUUCUUCAAGAUCUAAAUGUUCAACUGAGGCGAAACAAAAAGGAUACAGCCAAGUACAAAAGAAGUCUCAAUUCCGCUCCUGACUCCAGGGGGAGCAGUCAAAUCAUGGGGUUUAUAAUGAUCGGCAUUAUCGCUAUCGGUCUCGUGGCAUUCAUGCUGAUGGAUCUGGAAAAGGUCUAUAGACUUCUUCGGGAACGGGACCGGCCGUUGCCAUAUGUUGUUGAUUGA